AAUAAUAGACCAUUACCAGUCAAUGUGGAGGCUAAUUACUGGGCUCCAAUGAAACAUAAACCAAAAUAUAAUGAUAAAGUUGCUGAAUUACAACUUCGUUCUUAUGAUGCACAACUAGUGGAAUUUUAUGGUGAUUUUAUUAUUAGAGCUGCUUAUUAUUUGAAUAUUCCAGUUAGUGGUACAAUUCCAUUACCUAAAAGAAGAGAAAGAUGGACAGUUAUUAAAGCUCCAUUCGUUCAUGCUAAAACUAAAGAAAAUUAUCAAAGAAUAACACAUAAAAGAUUGAUUAAAGCUUAUGAUACCACACCAGAAGUUGUUGAUUUAUGGGUUUCAUUUUUAAGAAAACACAGUCCUGCAGGUCUUGGUAUAAAAGUUCAAACGUAUCAAAAACAAUCAUUAGAAUUUUUAGAAGAAUUGGAUAAAGUUGAUACAAAACAACUUGAUGAUACAUUAGAUUAUAAUGCACUUUCUGAGAAUUCAGAUGUUAAAAAGAGAGUUGAACAAUUAUUAAAUGAUCCUGUUUUCAAACAACAUUUCAAA